AUGAAUAUGAAUGAUAGUUUCUUUGAUAACAUCUUAGUUGUCAGCUCAAAUGUGAAUACAUGUAAUAAACCUUAAACUAUAUGUAAAUCAUUAGAACGUACAUUUGCUGUAUGUAGUUAACCUACUAAGUAUGUAAAAUAUUUGAUGUUAUAAAAUUUAUAGAAAAACUACCUAACAUCAUCAUACUUAAUAAUAAGAUGAUUCUAAAAUUUAAAGACAUUAAACUCAAUAAUUAGAUUAUUAUUUAAAACAACAAAAUAAAACAUCUUCACUAAAUAAUUAGUCCAAAAGUUAUCGUAGUAUUAAAUAAUCAGAGUCCAAUCAUUAAUCAUAAAUACCUUAAAGUAUAUAUAAUAAAUAAUUCAUUUCAGAAUCAUAUCUUAAACAAUAAAUGAGAUUAAAAAUUAAUUUAGAAAAUGAAGCUUUUCAAUCAAAUUUAAGACAUAAAACUUAGUCAUCUCAUAAUACAACAAAUCCUUAUUAAGGAUCCAUAGUUAAUCUUAUGAAAUUACAAGUAUUUUUAUAUUAUUUAAUUUAUUAGAUGUAAAAAUAAUAAUAAAGCUUUUUGAAUAUCUGUAAAACUAUGAAUGAUGAUUCUAAAUCAAGAAUAUCUUCUACACAUAGAUAAUCAUUAAUUCCAUCCAAAUUAACUUAAAGAUAGGAUUCUCAAAGACAAGAUUCUCAAAAUAUUCGAAAAAGCAAUUCUGUUUAUAUGUAGGAAUUUAGAAAGGUUUUUAGUAAAACAAAAUAUAGUAUACACAAUAAAGUUUGA